AAAAAGGAAUAAAGACGAAAGAGAUAAACCCAAACUUGCUUUCUUCUCUAAAAAUAUCCAAAGCAUCAAAUCCUUAACCUCUCUGCAAAUUCACUCCCGAAGAAGAAACUAAAAAAAAACUCCUCCUUGUUCUGGGCAUUGCUUGUCUAAUGCCAAUUCCUGUAUUGGGUUCUCUUCAUGGUUGAUUCUUCUCUUAUUCCAUCGCUAUGGGAGCUCAGAAGAGUAUCCACGCUGGUAGAGCCAAGAUUGAUGUUAAUGUGGAUUUCACUCACAAGCUUUGUACUUCUUUAAUGUUUCCUGCUUUCAGGGAUACUAGCAGUCCUCUUUCUUUAGUGAUUGGCAGCCUCUGUAUCAAACAUCCAAAUUUGUUUGGAGGAAGCGAGAAGCUUGAUGUUUCAUGGGAUAAAGGGUUGUAUGAUUCCAAUGUACUGGUGGCUUUUAGGAGGCCUAGACCUGAAUGGCGUCCGCAACAAUGCUUCUUCAUACAGCAUUCUCUUUCGCCCGAGAUAGGGGUCCAUGGCACCCCAGUUGACAACUUUUCUCGGUCAGGGAGUGGAGGUGUAAAUCUUUCUAAAUUGGCUGUUGGUUUAGACUUGAGUGAGCCAGCGAGUUCAAAAUGGAGCAGCACAACCAGCGUAAAGUUUGAGCAUGUGCGUCCGAUUAACGAUGACGGACGCGCGAUAACCAGAGAUCUGGACGGAUUUCCUAUAACAUGCAGUGGAAAUACCCAUGACAGUAUGGUAGUUUUAAAGCAAGAAUCCCGGUUUGCAAAGGCUACUGACCAAGGUCUUUCUCACUUUAGCAUGCAAAUAGAACAAGGUAUUCCGGUUGUGUCCAAGUGGCUUAUCUUCAACCGUUUCAAAUUUGUUGCAUCAAAAGGUGUCAGGUUUGGACCGGCUUUUCUCUUAGCAAGCUUGACAGGUGGUUCAAUUGUAGGAGAUAUGGCACCUUAUCAAGCAUUUGCCAUUGGUGGGCUAGGCAGUGUUCGGGGAUAUGGUGAGGGUGCUGUUGGAUCCGGGCGGUCAUGCCUUGUUGCUAAUACAGAAUUGGCUGUACCUUUGAACAAGAUGACAGAAGGGACCAUCUUCUUGGAUUGUGGAACAGACCUAGGCUCAAGCCGCCUUGUCCCUGGAAACCCUUCGCUGAGACAAGGGAAGCCAGGGUUCGGGUACGGAUUCGGGUAUGGGCUACGGUUCAAGUCUCCAUUGGGUCACCUUCAGGUUGACUAUGCCAUGAAUGCUUUCAACCAGAAGACUCUUUACUUCGGUGUCACCAAUCUUGCUUCAUCAACAUAGUCAAAUAGAAUAAAGCAAUCAAGAAAAGCACAUAUUCAAUGUCUUGAUUCAUGGAUAUAUUUGUGUUUGCGUUGGAACCAGAAACGCCACACAAGAUGAGGCAAACACAGUCCAAGGAGUUGCUAACAGCAAUCGACAGAGAUCUUGAGAAGAUAAAUGAAGUGUUGUCAAUAGAAAUCAGUCAUGUAA